GUUCCGAGCGAAGCAGCGAGCAGCGGUGCAGGCAGCUAACCUCCUGCAUCUGCCGCCGCCGGCUACCUCUGCCCACCCUAAAGUACCCCGCACCUUUGCAGAUAUGCCAGUAGGAUGCUAACCACCACGGUGUUCUGCCAGCCUGGCACUCUCGGGUUACUCUCGGCAGGUUACGAUGCGUGAAGCUGCCCGUCUGCUCAUCUUCCUCCUUCAGCUAUUUCCCGCAGCAGGAGGAGAGGUGUUUGCAGGUGGAUGCACCUUUGAAGAACAUUAUGGCAGCUGUGGCUACAGCGUGGCUUUGGGCACCACUGGCUUUACGUGGGAACAGGUGAAUACGUGGGACCCCACUGUACCAACAGGUUCCUUCAUGCUUGUAAACAGCUCUGGCUUUGCUUCUGGGCAGAAAGCCCACCUCCUCCUCCCUGUACUCAAAGAAAAUGACACCCACUGUAUUGAUUUCCAUUAUCACAUGUCUGGACGUUCAAGUCCAGGUACCCUCAAUGUCUAUGCAAAGGUGAAUGGUGGACCUCAGGGGAAUCCAGUGUGGAAUGUGUCUGGAGUCGUGACGGAUGGCUGGGUCCGAACAGAACUGGCUAUCAGUACUUUCUGGCCCAACUUCUACCAGAUCAUAUUUGAAGCAGUUUCCGUUAAGGAUCAUUCUGGAUACAUCGCUGUGGAUGAGGUCCGCGUCCUUGCGCAUCCAUGCCGGAAUGCUCCCCAUUUUCUAAGGUUGCAGAACGUGGAAGUCAAUGUCGGCCAGAACGCAACCUUUCAGUGUAUUGCUGGGGGCAAGUGGUCCCAACACGACAAGCUAUGGCUGCAGCAAUGGAACGGCCGUGACACAGCUCUCAUGGUGACCCGGGUAGUGAAUCACAGGCGGUUUUCAGCCACGGUCAGUGUUGGAGACACUUCCCAGCGCAGUAUCAGCAAAUACCGCUGUGUCCUGAGAUCGACAGGAGGCUCGGGGGUCUCCAACUACGCUGAGCUCAUCGUGAAAGAACCCCCGACACCCAUUGCGCCCCCUGAACUUUUGGCUGUGGGAGCCACCUACUUGUGGAUCAAACCAAAUGCAAACUCUAUCAUUGGCGAUGGACCAAUCAUCCUCAAAGAGGUGGAGUAUCGCACCACAUCUGGAACCUGGGCCGAGACCCAUGUCAUGGAUGGACCCACCUACAAACUGUGGCACCUGGACCCCGAUGUGGAGUAUGAGAUCCGUGUGCUCCUCACGCGCCCAGGGGAAGGGGGCACAGGACCUCCUGGACCACCGCUCACAACACGGACCAAAUGUGCAGACCCUGUACACAGUCCCCAGAAUGUGGAGCUGGUUGAUAUCCGUGCUCGUCAGGUGACCCUGCAGUGGGAGCCAUUCGGUUAUUCGGUCACUCGGUGCCACAGCUAUAACCUGACCCUGCACUACAGCUUCCAGCUCGGGGAGGAACGCGUGGAGGCCGAGGAGCUCAUUCUCACCUCCAGUCGUUAUACGUUGCGAGGCCUGCGGCCGCACACGGCAGUUUACCUGCGCCUUGCUCUCUGUAACCCUGAAGGCCGGAUGGAAAGUGGGGAGAUUGUCGUACACACCGAGGAGGAUGUGCCUGGACCUAUCCCCUUGGAAUCUAUUCAGGGUGGACCUUUUGAGGAGAAGAUUUACCUACAGUGGAAAUCUCCUAAUGAAACAAAUGGGGUCAUCUCCAUGUAUGAGAUCUCCUACAAGGCAGUGGGUUCCUUGGAUCCCACUGCAGAUCUCUCCAAUCAGAAGGGCCGGAUCUUCAAACUGCGCAACGAGACCCAUCACUUAUUUGUAGGGUUAUAUCCCGGAUCGACCUACUCCUUCACCAUCAGAGCCAGCACAAGCAAGGGAUUUGGGCCGCCUGUCACUGCCCGCAUUGCCACCAAAAUAUCAGCUCCUUCCUUGACUGAUUCUGAAGCAGAGCUGCCUUUAAAUGAAACUGAAACGACAAUAACUGUUUGGCUGAAGCCUGCGCAGUCACGAGGAGCUCCUGUAAGUGUAUACCAGCUAGUGGUGAAGGAGGAACGAUCUCAGAGGUCAGGACGGGCAGCAGAUGGUACUGGGUGUUUUCCGGUGCCGGUGGGUUACCGGAACGCCUCAACACUGGAGUCUCCUCAUUACUUUGCAGCAGAGCUGAAGCCAGCACAGUUGGCAGUCACACAACCUUUUACAGUGGGAGAUAACAGGACAUACAAUGGAUAUUGGAACGCUCCCCUUUCACCAGUGAAGAGUUACAGCAUAUACUUCCAGGCCCUGAGUACUGCCAAUGGGGAGACAAAGAUCAGCUGUGUCCGCCUUGCCUCAAAAGGGGUAACUGCCGACCUUCUUCCCAUCACCCGUCACCCCCCAAGCCAGCCAAUAACAGGUGCUUCGACACAGAACACCAACACGGUGGAGCCCGAGAAGCCGACUGACAGUACGGUGCAGACAGCUGGAGUUAUUGCCGGCAUGCUGAUGUUUAUUAUUAUUCUGCUUGGAGCAAUGAUGACCAUCAAAAGAAGGUCAAAGAUGAGGACUCGAGGGCAUUGGUUGACUACGCUGGAACCAGGAAAAAGAAGAAAUGUGUACUCCUAUUCAUACUAUCUGAAACUUGCCAAGAAACAGAAGGAAUCACAAAGUGGAUCCCAGAGAGAAAUGGGUCUGGUGGCUUCAGAUAAAAGUUCCAGCAAGCUGAGCUCCACUCGUAAUGAUGACACCUUCUCCAGCUGCCAGGACGUGAAUGGAUUCAGCACCUCCUCUCCCUGCUCCAUCUCCGUACAAAGCAAAAACCUGCAGGGAAAAUCCUUACUCAAUUCAUGCUACUCAGUCUCCUCCGACACCGUGCCCUCAUCAACCCUUCUAGACAGCAGCCACGUGGAGAUGAGCCAGCCCACGCUGACCAUACAGACCCACCCGUACCGGGCCUGUGAGCCCCUCGAAAUGGCAUAUCCCCGCGGGCAGCUCCAGCCAGCCAUCCGAGUGGCAGACCUCCUGCAACACAUAACGCAGAUGAAAAGGGGCCAGGGGUAUGGCUUCAAAGAGGAGUAUGAGGCACUCCCCGAGGGGCAAACGGCAUCUUGGGAUACUGCCAAGGAAGACGAAAACCGCAACAAGAACCGUUACGGGAACAUCAUAUCCUAUGAUCAUUCCCGGGUUCGGCUUCAGCAGAUAGAUGGCGAUCCGCACACGGAUUACAUAAAUGCCAACUAUGUGGAUGGAUAUCAUCGUCCUCGCCACUAUAUAGCUACACAAGGUCCUAUGCAAGAAACUGUAAAGGAUUUCUGGAGAAUGGUCUGGCAGGAGAACUCCAUCAGUGUGGUCAUGGUGACAAAUCUGGUGGAGGUUGGACGGGUAAAGUGCGUCAGAUACUGGCCCGAUGAAACUGAGGUUUAUGGGGACAUCAAAGUCGCCUUGAUAGAAACUGAGCCCUUGGCUGAGUACGUCAUCCGGACAUUCACAGUCCAGAAGAAAGGUUCCCAUGAAAUCCGGGAGAUCCGCCAGUUCCAUUUCACCAGUUGGCCAGACCAUGGUGUGCCUUGCUAUGCCACUGGUCUCCUAGGCUUCGUCAGACAGGUGAAAUUCCUCAACCCGCCAGACUCUGGACCCAUUACUGUGCACUGCAGUGCUGGGGCUGGAAGGACUGGCUGCUUUAUAGCUAUUGACAUCAUGCUGGAUAUGGCAGAGAAUGAAGGAGUGGUGGAUAUAUUCAACUGUGUACGGGAGCUCAGAGCACAAAGAGUAAACAUGGUGCAAACCGAGGAGCAGUAUGUGUUUGUGCACGACGCUAUCCUGGAAGCCUGCUUAUGCGGUAACACGGCAAUCCCAGUGUGCGAGUUUCGCUCCGUUUACUACAACAUAAGCCGCAUAGACCCACAGACCAACUGCAGCCAGAUCAAGGAUGAGUUCCAGACCCUGAACAUUGUGACCCCGCGAGCCAGGCCAGAGGACUGCAGCAUUGGGCUACUACCCCGCAACCACGACAAGAACCGCGCUCUUGAUGUCUUGCCCCUGGACCGAUGCUUGCCUUUCCUCAUCUCACUGGACGGAGAGACCAGCAAUUACAUUAACGCUACACUCAUGGAUAGCCAUAAAAAGCCGGCUGCGUUCCUGGUUACGCAGCACCCCUUACCCAAUACUGUGCCCGAUUUCUGGAGGUUGGUGUUUGACUACAACUGCUCCUCCAUCGUGAUGCUAAAUGAAAUGGACGCUGCACAGCUCUGCCUCCAAUACUGGCCAGAGAAGACGUCCUGCUGUUAUGGGCCGGUGCAGGUGGAAUUUGUCUCGGCCGAUAUCGACGAAGAUGCCAUCACUCGAAUAUUCCGGAUUUGUAAUAUGGCCAGGCCACAGGACGGGUACCGCAUUGUACAGCACCUACAGUACAUAGGUUGGCCGGCCUAUCGGGACACCCCCCCAUCCAAACGCUCCAUACUCAAGGUGGUCCAGCGGUUAGAGAAAUGGCAAGAGCAGUACGAUGGAAGAGAAGGCAGGACAGUAGUUCAUUGCCUGAACGGAGGAGGUCGCAGUGGGACAUUCUGCGCUAUCUGCAGCGUCUGUGAGAUGAUCCAGCAGCAAAAUAUCAUUGAUGUAUUUCACACUGUGAAAACCUUACGGAAUAACAAGGCCAACAUGGUGGAGUCUCUGGAGCAGUAUAAAUAUGUAUAUGAAGUUGCCUUGGAAUACCUGAGUUCCUUCUGAACCCUCUCGCUUUGAGGAAAGAUGAAACGUGGAGAUCCUGGUCCUCGGCAGGCCCUGUGGUGCUAAGAAGCCCUGUGCAUGGUGAAGAUGGACAGACAGUAGACAUUGCUGACUGAAAGCCUGCCUUGGAGGAAGAGGUCACAAAUUUAUCCAGUUUGGGUUCCAACGCUGACGCCUGCAAGACGCACCUGCAACUAGAGGCGACUCACAGACCAGC